AUGAGAUUAAGAUAAACUUAUUAACCAAAUUAUCUCUAGAUCUCCCAAUCCGAAAAACCCAAAAGAAACGUGUAUUCAUAUGGAAAGGAACUAAAUACUCCUGAUUCAAUUAAACCGCUGAGUCCUUUAAUGAAUUUGAGACUUUUUCUUUAUAAAACUAAACAAAAAUUAGAGUUUAAAUAGGUGAGCCAAUUUACCAGGAAUGAUCCUUUAGUAAAAGAACAACCUUCUUUCCUAUUUAAUAAAUUGUAGAUAGAACAGGAUAAUUAAAUAAAAUUUCAGGCCUAUUUAGAUGGAGAUUUGCAAGCUGAAGAGUAUUUGACGCUACAAAACUACAAGAGAUUAUAUAAUAUAACUAAGAAUGAUAAUGGGUCAUUUGAUAACACAAAAGAUGAGAUGCCUUACUAUACUUAAAGAGAAAGUGCUUUAAAAAAAUUGAAAGAGAGGAUUAUUCAUAGAUAUCAUCUGAAUAAAAGAAAAAGAGGUUCUGAAAUUAGUAGCCAAGUUGACACUUCAAAAGGUAAUACUCCUGGUAUAUAAUUGGCUAAAUAACUCAAAAAAGUUAUAAUUAGAAAAAAUAUGAAUAAAAUUAAUGAAGAAAUGACAGCAGAGAAUACUUUAAAGAACUUAAAGAUGGUUUAGAAUGCGGAUUUUGCAGUACAGAGACUUUAAGAGACACUUGAAUAAGAUAAACCUUUUGAGAGCAGUGUGAAGAAGAAAGUAAACUCUACAAAGCAUCUAAAAAUAAUUACUAGAAGAAAUAAAACUGAGACGAAUGAAGAUUAUCAGAAUAGUAGAAUCUAGUUAAAUAAUGAAAUAGUUCAUUUGGCUAAUUAAACAAUUUAUGAAUCUUAAACUCAAGAUAAGCUAAAAUAAUUAAAGUCAAAAACUCUCAAAUUUUCUGAUGCCAAAAUGAAUCAAGUAUUAAUACAAAAAUCUUUAUAAUCAUUCUAAGAUCAAAGAAGAUGUAUAACCGACAGAUCAUAACAAUCAUAAGGUUAGAAAAACAAUUCUAAAUAAAAAUUACAUUAUCAGGGUGAAUAGAAAUUGGAAGAGAGGGAUGAUUCAGCUGAAUCAAGUCUCUGUUCCUUAUUUGAAAAAAAGAUCAAUAGUUUAUAUAAUUAGAGCAUUUUAUUAAAGAAAAAUAUCUCAAAUAAGGAUAAUUUGAUUAAACGCAUCAAACAUAUGCAAAGUUUCAAUUAAAUAGUAGGAGAAGCUGUGCAAACAAACAAUUAAAAAUUAUAUAAAAUUUGA